AUGAGGUCCAUCGUGCUGCUCCUGGCCACCGUCGCCGCCGUGCAUGCUGGAGCACUGGAUAAAGCAGAUCAUGAGGGUGUCAGCAUUUCAAAGCGACACGCCCUCUACGGCUUAGGGCUGGCUGAUUCUGCCGCCCAGGCGCAGGCCCAGGCCCAGGCCGCUGGGCUCGGGGGUGGAUACUACGGUGGGGGUGGAGCUGCACUGAGCCAGGCACAGGCACAGGCACAGGCUGCUGGGCUGGGUAGUGGCUACCACGGCAUCUGGAAGAGACACGCCCUCUAUGGCUUGGGGUUGGCUGAUUCUGCUGCCCAGGCACAGGCCCAGGCACAGGCCGCUGGGCUUGGGGGUGGAUACUACGGUGGGGGUGGAGCUGCACUGAGCCAGGCACAGGCACAGGCGCAGGCUGCUGGGCUGGGUGGUGGCUACCACGGCAUCUGGAAGAGACACGCCCUCUACGGCUUGGGGCUGGGUGAGUCUGCUGCCCAGGCACAGGCCCAGGCUCAGGCUGCCGGGCUCGGGGGUGGAUACUAUGGUGGGGGUGGGGCUGCACUAAGCCAAGCACAGGCACAAGCGCAGGCUGCUGGGCUGGGCAGCGGCUACCACGGCAUCUGGAAGCGACACGCCCUCUACGGCUUGGGGUUGGCUGAUUCUGCUGCCCAGGCACAGGCCCAGGCACAGGCCGCUGGGCUCGGGGGUGGAUACUACGGUGGGGGUGGAGCUGCACUGAGCCAGGCACAGGCACAGGCACAGGCUGCUGGGCUGGGUGGUGGCUACCACGGCAUCUGGAAGAGACAUGCCCUCUACGGCUUGGGGCUGGGUGAGUCUGCUGCCCAGGCACAGGCCCAGGCUCAGGCUGCUGGGCUUGGGGGUGGAUACUACGGUGGGGGCGGAGCUGCACUCAGCCAGGCACAGGCACAGGCGCAGGCCGCUGGGCUGGGUGGUGGCUACCAUGGCAUCUGGAAGCGACACACCCCCUAA